CGAGCUUCCUGCGGCGGCCACCCGAGCAAGUGCCGUGGCGGGGGCAGAGAGCGGCCACGGCGGCGGCGCUUCCCCAAGUAGCUCACGGUGCCCUGCCCCGCGCGGAAGAUACCAAGUUGUGCUAGUACAUCCAUAUAAAUAAUUAAUACCUGAAGUCUCAAUGUAACAUGGACAUUAACAGUGAUGACAAAUAAAUACAGACGCUUGGGAAUCAAAUACUAGGCGAAAAACACUUUUAAAAAGGAAUUUAGGAGGUUCUAGUAUUCUCCAUGGCUGAAGCUGAGAGUCUGAAACCUGAUGCUUAAGCUCUAUUCUAGAUCAUAGCUCCAACUCCUUCAGGAUAUAAGGAAAAGAUAAUAUUUCCACAAUGAUAGAUCUUUGGUUGUUCAGGUUUCCCAAUGAGUGGAUCAUGAUGACCGUAUUGUAGGGACUUGCCAUAGUAUGGCUGCUUCCCGAUCUACUCGUGUUACAAGAUCAACAGUGGGGUUAAACGGCUUGGAUGAAUCUUUUUGUGGUAGAACUUUAAGAAAUCGUAGCAUUGCUCACCCUGAAGAAAUCUCUUCUCAUUCUCAAGUACGAUCAAGAUCACCAAAGAAGAGACCAGAGCCUGUGCAAAUUCAGAAAGGAAAUAAUAAUGGAAGAACUACUGAUUUAAAACAGCAAAGUACUCGAGAAUCAUGGGUAAGCCCUAGGAAAAGAGGACUUUCUUCUUCAGAAAAAGAUAACAUAGAAAGGCAGGCUGUAGAAAAUUGUGAGAGAAGGCAAACAGAACCUGUUUCACCAGUUUUAAAAAGAAUUAAGCGUUGUCUUAGAUCUGAAGCACCAAACAGUUCAGAAGAAGAUUCACCUAUAAAAUCAGACAAGGAGUCGGUAGAAGAGAGGAAUACAGUAGUGGACAAUGAUGCAGAUUUUCAAGGGACUAAACGAGCUUGUCGAUGUCUUAUACUGGAUGAUUGUGAGAAAAGGGAAAUUAAAAAGGUGAAUGUCAGUGAGGAAGGGCCACUUAAUUCUACAGUAGUUGAAGAAAUCGCAGGCUAUUUGGCUGUCAAUGGUGUUGAUGACAGUGAUUCAGCUGUUAUAAACUAUGACGACUGUCAGUCUGAUGGGAACACUAAACAAAAUAGCACUGGUUCGUAUGUGUUACAGGAAAAGUCAGUAGCUGAAAAUGGGGAUUCGGAUACCCACACUUCAAUGUUCCUUGAUAGUAGGAAGGACGACAGUUAUAUAGACCAUAACGUGCCUUGCACAAAUUCAGAAGUGCAGGUCAAGUUGGAGGACCACAAAAUAGUAACUGCCUGCCUGCCUGUGGAACAUGUUAAUCAGCUGACUACUGAGCCAGCUACAGGUCCCUUUUCUGAAAUUCAGUCAUCCUUAAGGGAUUCUGAGGAGGAAGUAGAUGUGGUGGGAGAUAGCAGUGCCUCAAAAGAGCAGUGUAAUGAAAACACCAAUAACGCCCUGGACACGAAUCUUGAGAGUAUGCCAGUCUCUGGAGAACCAGAAUCAUCUUCUGUUCUAGACUGUGUUUCAGCUCAAAUGAUGUCUUUAUCAGAACCUCAAGAACAUCGAUAUACUCUGAGAACUUCACCACGAAGGGCAGCCCCUACCAGAGGUAGUCCCACUAAAAACAAUUCUCCUUGCAGAGAAAAUGGACAAUUUGAGGAGAAUAAUCUUAGUCCCAAUGAAACAAAUGCAACUGUUAGUGAUAAUAGAAGUGAAUCUCCCACAAAUCCUGAUGAAAUUUCUCAGAAUGAAAAAGGAAUAUUUUGUGACUCUGGAAAUUAUGGGAGUGAAGGACUAAGUAAGCCACCCUCAGAGGCAAGACUUAAUAUUGGACAUUUGCCAUCUGCCAAAGAGAGUGCCAAUCCACACAAUACAGAGGAAGAAGAUGAUGAUCCUGAUGUUUAUUACUUUGAAUCAGAUCAUGUGGCACUGAAACACAACAAAGAUUAUCAGAGACUGUUACAGACGAUUGCUGUACUCGAGGCUCAGCGUUCUCAAGCAGUCCAGGACCUUGAAAGUUUAGGCAAACACCAGAAAGAAGCACUAAAAAAUCCCAUUGGAUUUGUGGAGAAACUCCAGAAGAAGGCUGAUAUAGGGCUUCCAUAUCCACAGAGAGUUGUUCAAUUGCCUGAGAUUGUAUGGGACCAAUAUACCAAUAGCCUUGGGAACUUUGAAAGAGAAUUUAAAAAUCGUAAAAGACAUACUAGGAGAGUAAAGCUAGUUUUUGAUAAAGUAGGUUUACCUGCUAGACCAAAAAGUCCUUUAGAUCCUAAGAAGGAUGGAGAGUCCCUUUCAUAUUCUAUGUUGCCUUUGAGUGAUGGUCCAGAAGGCUCAAACAGUCGUCCUCAGAUGAUAAGAGGACGCCUUUGUGAUGAUACCAAACCUGAAACAUUUAACCAACUGUGGACUGUUGAGGAACAGAAAAAGCUUGAACAGCUACUCCUGAAAUACCCUCCUGAAGAAGUAGAAUCUCGACGCUGGCAGAAGAUUGCAGAUGAACUGGGCAAUAGGACAGCAAAGCAGGUUGCCAGCCGAGUGCAGAAGUAUUUCAUAAAACUAACUAAAGCUGGCAUUCCAGUCCCAGGCAGAACACCAAACUUAUAUAUGUACUCCAAAAAGUCUUCCACAAGCAGACGACAGCACCCCCUUAAUAAGCAUCUCUUUAAACCUUCCACUUUCAUGACUUCCCAUGAACCACCAGUGUAUAUGGAUGAAGAUGAUGACCGAUCCUGUUUUCAUAGCCACAUGAACACUGCUAUUGAAGAGGCAUCAGAUGAAGAAAGUAUUCCUAUUAUGUAUAGGAAUUUACCUGAAUAUAAGGAACUAUUACAGUUUAAAAAGUUAAAGAAGCAGAAACUCCAGCAGAUGCAAGCUGAAAGUGGAUUUGUACAACAUGUGGGCUUCAAGUGCGAUAACUGUGGCAUAGAACCUAUCCAGGGUGUUCGGUGGCACUGCCAGGAUUGUCCUCCAGAAAUGUCUUUGGAUUUCUGUGAUUCUUGUUCAGACUGCCUACAUGAAACAGAUAUUCACAAGGAAGAUCACCAAUUAGAACCUGUUUAUAGGUCAGAGACAUUCUUAGACAGAGACUACUGUGUGUCCCAGGGCACCAGUUAUAAUUACCUUGACCCAAACUACUUUCCAGCAAACAGAUGACAUGGAAGAGAACAUCGUAUACUAGUCCUCUUCAACACAUAGCAAUGGUAUCAUUGUGAAUUAUGUGCACAGUUUGGAAAGAUUCUCUGCUUUCCCUGAAAUGACACUCACAGCAUGACAGCUUCCUGAGUGUUCUUGUCAAGUCCAGCUCUGCACCGUUGUGGCUCUAGAUCACUGUUCAGCAGCCGAGCAUUCCUGGUGAGCAAAGGGUUUCCCUGGUGAAUUUCUCACCACCACCUUAAAGCCUUUUAGGUGGUGAUAUUAAAUGGGUGAGAUGGAAACGAGAGCACACAUUAAAGAGAGUAAAUUCCAAAGGUUUCAAAGAACUCGGUCAUAAAUAGGAUAAUGAGAAGACAAAGUAUUUAUAUUAAAACAGUUUAGUAGCUUUCAGUUUUGUGAAAAUAGUUUUCGGCACAGAAGCUGACUUCUUAGACAAAGUUUUAACCAAUGAUGGUGUUUGCUUCUAGGAUAAACACUUUAAAAGAACUCACUGUCCCAGUGGUGGCCACUGAUGGCCUUUAGUAAAUCGGAGCUGCUUAACCAUAUUGAUGUCUAAUUUCUUUUAACCACAAUGAACUGUCCUUAUUACCAACAGCGAAGCACUACAGGAGGCACUGUGGCAUUGCUUCCUUGACCAGCUCAUGGUGUGUGAAUGUUAUAAAAUUGUCGCUCAGAUAUAUUUUUUAAAUGUAAUGUUAUAUAAGAUGAUCAUGUGAUGUGUACAAACUAUGGUGAAAAGUGCCAGUGGUAGUAACUGUGUAAAGUCUCUAAUUCACAACAUUAAUUCCUUUAAAAUACACAGCCUUCUGCCUCUGUAUUUGGAGUUGUCAGUGCAACUCAUCAAAGAAAACUGCCUAAUAUAAAAAUCAUAUAUAUGGUAAUAAUUUCCCUCUUUUGUAGUCUGCACAAGAUCCAUAAAAGAUUGUAUUUUUAUUACUAUUUAAACAAGUGAUUAAAUUUAGUCUGCGCAGUGAGCAAGAGUUCACAUGCAUUCUUUUAUACUGCUGGAUUUUGUUGUGCAUCAUUUAAAACAUUUUGUAUGUUUCUUCUUAUCUGUGUAUACAGUAUGUUCUUGAAUAAUGUUCAUUUGUCAGGAGAACUGUGAGAAAUAAACUAUGUGGAUACUGUCUGUUUAUAUUAUAGAAUGCUUGUUGUGACUUCCUUUUUGGUUAGAUUUUGGAUUUGUUUUACUAGUGUUAAAACAAAAAAAAAAUUUUUUUAGGGGGUUGCUUUACCUUUCUGUCCUUGAAAAAGAGUAAGGACUAUAUAGUAUUAUGGAAAUGAACUUGAGAAGCUCUGAGAGAAGAUGGUAAUCUUUUCACUCAGUGUGUGCUGAGACACUAUUUAAACUAGCUUACAAAAAGAACACACACCAUGGUUAAAAAGGCUAUUAUUAAUGUCCAGAUGUGAAAACUAUACUCGGGCUGAAAAAUUUUACUCUUAAUUUUUUUAGAUGAAAGUAAGCCUCUUCACGUGUUUAAUUUAAACAGAUGGUUUUUGAAAAUCACUCUAUUCACUGGCAAUUAUUAUUGACUAUUGGAAGAGAUCACAUAAGUAUUCUAAGAUUAAGUAUUAUACUCACCUAGUUUUUGGACUAAGUCCCGUUUUUUCCAAUUUUAAGUCAAGGGAACGUUAUUUAAUACUCCUUCAAUAUGUUGUAGGGUACUAAAAUCAUACCUUGAAUUUUUUUAACUGAGAAAAGUAAUGUUAUUUUAAGUAUAGAAAUAUGAGAAUUUUAAAGUAAUAUAUUGACUAAAGAUUACUGAUGUUGAUAAAAUAUAUUGCAUCAGGAAGAACAGGAAAUGGACUUGAGCUUUACUUCUUACCCUGGAAUCAGUAGUUGGGGGGAAGAAGAAGGAGUUGUUAACAUUUGGGCAUUUUGAUAUUAAAUGUUAACUGAUAUAUGCUAGGAAAUCUGCCUUCUUGCAGCAAGACAGCAGCACUUGGUAGUAACUUCUGUGUUUGUAUAGAAAUAAUACUGAUUAUUGGGGGAGGACCAUUCAGGUUUAUUCAAAAAUCCCAUAAAGUAUGCUUUGGAAGAGGGCUGUGUGUGAUACAAUUCUGAUGUAAACAAUACACAAAAUAAAUCCACUUAACUGUAUUUUUCAAGAGCAAAGAUUUUGAGAACUUUGAGUGGCAAAGAGGAUUAUUUUCUGCUUGAGUGAAGAUGUGUUAAUUUUGCAUUUUUCACCUUCAGGCAAGUAGUCCUCCUGGCUUAAAAAGGCCCUAUAUGGUAAUAGUAGCAGUGGUAGUAGUAGCACGAGUAGUAAUAUGGUGGUGGUGUUUUAAUUGGCGGACUGCAGGAAUAGGCAGGGCUGUCUUUUACAAGUAGUCCUUCGAUCUCCUACAGAGAAGUAUUGGCCUUAAGAGACAACAUAGACCUACUUGUGAAAGCCUUGCAUAUUAAGUGGUAGGUCAGAUGUAGGUCAGAUGUAUUUCCUGAAAUAUUAUGUUCAAGUUGUUUGAUAAGAACUGAAGGAACUUUUAGUGACACCUAAAACCACUGCUUUAAGGUUUAAGCAGAGGAGGCUUUGAUCGGUGUGGUGUGCACUAAUAACAAGCACAAAACCGAGUAAGUGCUUACUAUGAACCAAGCCAGCAUACAGUAGCAGAUUUAAUUCUCGCAACCUUAGGAGAAAGGUGCAUUUGUUAACCUGUUUUCAUAUGAGGAGAUCUAGCCAGAGAGGUUAAAUAACUUGCCCAAGGUCAUAUGGUUAGCAGAGUGGUCCUGCUUAGAUUUUAACCUAGACAGAUUGCUGCAGAGUCACUACCCAAUUUAUGGAGCAAGAACAUUCCCUUUGUGUCAGGCAUCACUAAGGUUUGGAGAUGGAAGUGUGUAGGGGUUGCUUUUCACUCUUUUUUCCUGGUGUGGCAUGGUUCCUAGAGCCACAGACCUGAGGACAGGUCCAGGUUCAUGGUACAGAAUAGGAAGCAGAUCCUUGGAUGGGAAGACAGCACUGAGUUCUAGAAAACCACCCAGACGUAUAAUUUACAUAUUCUAAUUUGACAGCAAACAUGUGAUCUUGAGGUUUUAGGCAAAGUCUCCUGCCUGAGACAGAAUUUGUUUCCAUGCAUGCUUGGUGCCUCUCACUUAACCUAAUAGUAUGCCUUACCCAGUUUCCUUCCCUUUUCCCUUGUGUUUAAAUUACAGUACAGAAGACAACAGUGUACUGAGAUAUGAAGAACAUUUUUUUUUUCAAGAAAAUAGCAUAUCACAGGUAGUAAGGAUAAAUACUGUUUUGUGAAAGUCUUUUUUUAGUUAUUACUAUGGCAUGCUAUAUAAACUGUAUUUCUUAAUGUAGGUAACAGAUUUUGAAAGCCAUUGUUCUAGUUGCACUGGAUGGAAUUGGAAGUACUUGUUUUGUUUUGUUUUUUUUCCAGAUAACAAGUAGUUUUUUCCUCCACAGAGAUUAUAGAGGCAUUGACCUUUUAGGUUGUAAAGUAUUUUUAUUUUUUAACCUUAUGAAAAUAACCUCCUGUUGAUAGAAUCCCAGAAAAAAAAUACCUUUUUUUUUUUUUUUAACUUUUUUUUUCGUGUAGCCAGUUAAAUGAAUUUUUGAGCAGUGGUAUCCCAUUUAGCUCCAUAAGGACAAAGACCAUCCCUAUCUGUGUCCCUGUGGCCUGCCUGGCUCUUAGAUUUUUAAUAAAUAUUUAGUACUAGUAUAAUCAGUGUUUUGAUGAGUUAUAUUUUUUCUCCAGAAAGGUAGGAGAGACCACAUAUGUCUGAGUGUGUCUGUGAGUGCCUACGUGGGGCCCUUUGGGGGCCUGCCUCGGAGAUCUUUAUAGGGCUCUGAGAGUAUUGAAGAAUUGCGUCCUAUCUUAUCUGGAGGAUGUUCAAGCCUGGGUGGCUGAGAAGAUUAUGGUUUCCUCUGGGUUCCCAGUUAGGCCGUAAACCUUGAUUCUCUGCCAUGUUUUUAGAGUGAAAGGGCACUGGAGUGGAAAUUCUGGGUCCCAGUCCCAAUUGUGAAAGUGAGGCACUCAACAAAUAUUGACAAAGAACCACCUUUUAUUGAACUCUAGGAACUAGUAAAUGAUUUACAUGUAUUACUAACUUGUUGAAUACUUGCAACCCCUCUGUGAGGUUGCUUACUAUUAUGUCCACUGUACAGAUGAAAUAACCAAGUUUCAGAGGAUAUAAGUGUUAGCUUUUAAUAAUUGGGUGUGGGAUGGAGGGUAUAAAGCUUUGCCCUUCUAGAGCCUUAUGGUCUAAUGCAGAAGAGCACCAGUAAACACAUAAAUAUAAAAUACUACAUAAAGUUAGGCAGAGAUAAAUGUUGUGAAGAAAAUAAUGUUUGAAGAAAAAUGGUGGAAGAAUGAGGACCAGCCUGUCAUUUUAGAUGGAGUAAUCAAAGAAUGCUCGAUGAGACCUGGACGGAGUGAGGGAAUCGGCCUGUGGAUAACCUGGAGGAAGAGGCGGGACAGCAACAACGAGGGUCUGAUCCAGCAGAGAUCUUGGCUUGUUCAGGCAACAUUAAGAGGGCCCGUGUAGCUUGAGCCAAACGAGCAAGAGGAGAAUGUAGUUGAUGGGGUGAUACAGGGUACAGAGGCAGAGCAGGUGAGGCCUUGAAUGUAGACCAUUGUAAAGGAGUUUGGAUUGUGUUCUGAUGUCUUUCACAUACACACAAGGGCUUCUGCUGGGCAGAGACCUCUAAGAUCCUUUCCUGCUCUAAAAUCCUGUGACUUUAAAGUAGUGAUGUCAUUUCAAGCCAUCCACGUCCGUAACACGUUUUAGCAGUCUGUUGCAUCUCCAGAUCCUCUUCAGGGGCAAAGCCAUUUAUUUACCUCUGCCGAUUCCUUUUUUUUUUUCAAGAGGACAGCCAGCUACAGCCAUAAAGGUCACGGCAUCUGUUGUCUCCUAUCCCGUACUCAAGCUGUCCGAGCUGUGGUAGGCAUGAACUGUGUUUGCCAAUAUGUGGUAUGUGUUUAAAGAAUGUUAAUUCCUACAAAGAGUCAUUCUGUGUUUUUGGCAUAACUGAUCAUUUUCACCCUCUGAUUCUGAUUUGCUCAAAUGCUCCUUGUGCUCCCGUACAGAGAGUGAGACAACUGGGGUGGUAAUAAAGUACUUGAUAACUGUGUGAGUUGAAGGAACAUGCCCCUUUUUGGUAAUACAGGCAUAAUUGUAACCAAAGAAAUUUAAUUUCUUCUUUAGCAAACACUACAUUUCUGUUUAAGAAUGAUUGCUAGGGCAAAAGGAAACAUAAAAAUUACCAUGUAUCAUGAGUACACUGAGAAUUCUCUAUGUAAUAGCUCAGAACUGAUCUACGGCCAAAAUUAAAACCAUAUGAGCAUAUCAUAAAUCUCAACUAUUAACUGUGUUUGCUUCUAAUUCUGUUUGGAAUAAGGCUUCAAGUGCUUUCCAGAAUGAUGUGAGUUACAAAUAAAUAGAAAAAGAGCUA